GUAAUUCAGGACCAUCUUUCGUCUUUAGAUCACAAUUGUUGUUUUAUUGAGAGAUUUGUUGUUGAUAUUCAUUUGAGCAUUAAGGAUUUUUACAGAUGUCGAAUUCAGCAGGUUUUGACAGACACAUUACGAUCUUCUCGCCAGAGGGUAGAUUAUAUCAAGUUGAGUACGCAUUUAGAGCUAUAACAGCCGCUAAUAUCAAUGCCAUUGGAAUAUGUGGAGAAGAUUCAGUUGUAUUGAUUUCUCAAAAGAAAGUGCCAGAUAAAUUGUUAGAUGCAUCGACAGUAUCAAAUUUAUUUCAAAUAACUCCAUUAGUUGGCAUGAUUGCUACAGGAUCAAUUGCAGAUGGCAGAUCACAAGCAUUAAGAGCUAAAGCAGAGGCAGCAGAAUUUCGUUAUAAAUAUGGAUAUGAUAUUCCAUGUGAUAUUUUAGCUAAAAGAAUGGCUAAUUUAUCCCAGAUUUACACUCAGAGAGCAUAUAUGAGACCCUUGGGAGUUACUUUGACAUUCUGUGCCUUUGACGAUGAAAAGGGACCAUUGUUAUAUAAAUGUGAUCCAGCGGGUUAUUUUAUUGGGUUAAAGGCAACAGCGAUUGGACCUAAACAAGAUGAAAUCACAACAGCUUUAGAGAAAAAAUUUAAGAAAAAGGACUAUAUCAAAGGCAAUUGGAUUAAAGUGGUAGAUGAAUCUAUUAUAAUUUUAAGUAAUAUAUUAGGUACCGAAUUGAAGAAAAAUGAUAUUGAAAUUGGUGUUGCAGUUAAAGAUAGAUUUUUUGUAUUGACAGCUGAUCAAAUUGAAGAGCGUUUAGUUUCAAUUGCAGAAGAGGAUUGAAAAAUAGAAUGAAAAAAAAAAGUAAUAAUUUGACGAACUACAUAGGUUUUACUUUAAUUUUUUUAACAAUACUUUUUUGAACUUAUAAUAUUUAUAUUAUAAUGAUAAUUGUAAUUACAAUCAAG